AUGGAUUUCAACACUGAGGUUCCAGAAUCCUUCCCAAUAACCUCUUCUCACCUGUCCUUUGUUUACCAUCAAACUAAGGAAAAGGAUACUAUUGUUGAUUUAGACCUAAGCCUCAGAACUCAGCAACCUGAAUCUCACAAUCCACCAGAAUGCUGUAUGCUGCCAUUUCCUUUUAGUCCAAUGGAUUAUGUCAACAUGAUGAGUUGGUCAGAGCUGAGUUCAUAUGCCAGAAUCAUGAAUCUGGAAUGUCCGAUGAUGGCACCGGAAGUUUGUAACUAUGAAACAGAGGGAGUGCAGAGCAAGGAGAGAUGGGCUUACGUGAAGGUAAACAUGGAGGGGGUGGUUGUUGGCCGGAAGGUUUGCAUGCUUGACCAUUGCAGUUACUCUAGUCUUGCACUUCAAUUGGAAGACAUGUUUGGUGGUCACUGUGUAUCAGGAUUGCAGUUUUUCCAGGCUGAGUCUGAAUUUUCUUUGUUGUACAAGGACAUAAAUGAGAAUUGGAGGACUGUGGGUGAUGUUCCCUGGAAGGAUUUUUUGGACUGUGUGAGGAGGCUAAGGAUUGCCCGGAAGGAUGAAGCUAUUUUCCCAUUCUCAGCUUCUUUACUUUCCUAACUACAUCUUUUCUUAGCUUUCUCUCCAUGAAGAUGCCAAGAAGUGCAGGAAAGGAU